AUGGCUGCCUUGGCUUUGCAGUCAGAUCUUGGGGACGAUGUCAGGGGUUUGGCGUCAGCAGAAGCUGGCGAUGAUGAGGAUGUGCCAAGGACACCUCCUCCGAAAAAAAGGCGAGGCAAAGGCGCCCGCAAAAGCGGCAAAAAGCCUUCCAAUCCCAAGCAUCGACCAGCUACUUUGAAAUGCCGUGAUUGCAACAAGGUCAAGCCAUCCGCAGAGUUCUAUGAAGAUCAGAGGGUCUGCAAAAUCUGCAAUUCCGGCAAGAGAGCAUUGCUCACCACAGCUAGUGCACAAGGUUGCAGAGAAGCUGUGCAGGCCUUCGCAAAGAAGAAUCCGGAAGCUUUCGAUUCCAUGCAGAAAGCUCACAACAAGGCCCGCGCAGAGCAGGCGAGAGAGCAAGGCAAAGUCAAGUUUUCUUGCGCUGUUUUCAUGCGUGAAUGGGAGAAGCGUGAAGGGUUCAGAGAUGCACAGCUAGGAGAGUACAUGUGGGAACAAGAAUUCUAUGAGUUUGCUGCCGGAGCUAAACUUGGAUUCUUGAGCAAGCCUGAGCGCGAGCAGAGAUGGCUUGACAUGAAAGCCGAAGAGUGGCGCCCCAGGGACCAUGAAGGUCCACGUGGCUUCCUGCGGUUGUGGGUGAAGACGAAAGAUCAGGCGGAGCUGUACAAUGACGUGAGCUCCGCCAAGCGCCUGCAAUUGCAAGAACUUGCCAGGAAGCCCUCCGAGAAGCAUGUGCAAUCUCGCGUCCAGAUGGCUUUUGGGGACACGGUAGAUGACAAGCUAGAUGCUAACGUUGACUUUGCGGGUGUGAAGUCUGAGGCAAUGAAGGCCUCCGGCACAGGUGGCAACAUGGCAGGCCUCAUGAUGCCGCUCGUGAGCGACCUGAUGGAGACUGCGAGCGCCCAAUGCGCCCUCAAAUCAAAGGGCCGUUCAGCAAGGGCUCAGAAGAAGAAGGGGAGCGAUGCAGAAGAAAGUGAUGAUGAUGAUGAUGAGGCUACUGAUUCGGAGGAGGAGGGCGAGGAUGAGGGUAGCCAAUCUUCGGAAGGAGCCCGGGGCGAAAAGCGCAAAGCCGGCAAGAUGAGCAAGAAAGCUAAAGGCUCAGGCAAAGGGCAGGCGAGUUGGUACGACGCGGAGACCCAGAACCUGAAAGCCGAGAGGGCCUUCGGCAGCAGCAUCGAGACCUUGAAGGGCCAGAUGGUUGAGGUCGCCGACAGCAUGUCCAAAGCCGUGACAGAGUUCCGCUCAGUCCCCACCGACGCCCAGGCCUUCCAGGACGAGAUUGCGGUGGUCAUGCGACGACAAGAAUGGCUUGUUGCUGUCAAGGACAGCAAUAACGCGAAGCUGUCAGAGCUCCUCUCCUCAGCAACCGAGCCAAAUGAUGAUGGCAUGAGCGCCGCUGCUUCCCGCGACGCAACAGCUUUGGCACGGGCGGGGCCUUGCGCAGGGUUCCAGAGCCUCAAGGUGCUGCAGGAGCUCAGCAACCAGGCUGUGAAGUUCAGGGGUUGUGCAAGCAGAGAAGAAGUGAAGUCUGUGAACGAGAAGCUUCAAACUGAGAAGAAGGUGUACAACACUUUGCUCAGCUGCUGCAAAACAGCAGUCUCCGAGCUGCGUGCGUCCAAAGCGCGUGGCGUGGCAGCUGCAGAGGCAGCCAAAAAGAAGCGGACUCGGCAGGAGGAAGCGGAUGCCAAGAAGGACGCCAAGAAGAAGAAGAAUGGGCAGCAACAACAGAACAGCCGUGCGUCUGUGGGGUCACAUGUGAUCUUUCAGCUUGAGGAGUCAGAGUGCUCCAGCAUUCCAUCCUCGCCGACGUGGAUCCCAGCCUUCACCUUGGAGCGCCCGAAGCCUUUCCUGAUCACAGGCAUAGCGGACAUUGUGGGCGAGCAGGCUGGCAAGGAGAAGUUUGACCUGGUGCUGAAAGACUUCAGCAAGGCGUUCAACGAGAGCUCUUUGAAGGCUUGCCAGCUUGGCUCAAAAAUGAUGCAGGUCACCGAGGGCCGCGCGUCCCAGCCGAUUGAUGCAGACCUUGGCAAGCUCAUUUGGGAGCGCCUGAAGUCUAUGGCCCCUGAUGAGGAGAUGAAGCGCACCAUUCAUAUGGCUUCAGAAAAACCAAUGCCAGCUGCUUUGCAGAAAGCUCUUGCUGUGAAUCUGUACGGAUUCGCCGCAGGACAUGUGUCUGUGGCCAAAUCCGAAAUGCAUCAAUUUUCGUGUUUCCGGUGGUCGAUGCAAGGCACACGCUCAGUCGGGAUCCUUUCCUACAAGGAAGCACGAACCUUUCUGGGGCAAGGCAAGACCAUGUCUUUCCAGGAGAUGCUCUCAUGGGGGACAUCAGCGUCUUUGAAGGAGUGGCGAGAGUUGCUGGCUGCUUGCCCUGCCGCUUUGUUCACAGGAACAGUUGGACCACAUGAUCUCUCUUUGUGCCCAGCGCCUCCAUCGUCUUUCACAGAGCUUUCCCAGACAGCGACACUCUGGGGGUCCGUGCAGGAUUUCUGA